AUGGCUCAGCCGGAGCAGAGCAAGCAGCCAUGGGAGUACACCCUGCGGAAGUACCUCCUACUGCUGGCCACCCUGGUGGUCAACGUGACGUACGCCGCGGGCUUCAACCCGCCGGGGGGCGUCUGGCAGGAGGACCCCCGCAACGACGGCCAACGACUCGCUGGCGACCCCAUCAUCCGCGACAUCCACUACCGCCGCUACCUCGCCUUCUUCUACUGCAACGCCACUGCCUUCGCCGCCUCACUCGUGGUCAUCAUGCUCAUCCUCAUCCUCGCCGUUCGGCACGACAAGGAGAAGGAGAAGGGGAAGAAGGACGCCGUUCAGGUCAUCAAGCCGCUGCGGGCCGUCAUGGUGCUGGACCUGCUCAGCCUCGUGGUGGCCGCUGUCUUCGCCUACAUUGUGGUUCUCAAGUUGCUGGACCGGUGUCUUCCAGACAAGAACUCUGGCUCUAGCUCCAACGGCGGCAUGCCCAACUCUGAAACCAACAACUGCGCCGUGCCUGGCGCCAGCGCAAUUCCCGCCCCUGACCCUGAAUCUGACCGCAAGGUCAAAGAAAAGGAGUCCCAGAAGAAGCUGAAAACCGAAGAACGGCUCUGCAAGGUCCUGAUGCUUCUCGCGACGUUCGCCGUGAGCAUCACAUACGUCGCCGGACUGAGCACGCCUGGUGGCUUCUGGGACAGCACCGGGGGCAGCCACCGCCCAGGCGACGUGAUUCUCAGGGACCACCACAGCACACGCCUGACGGUGUUUUUACUCUUCAACACCACGGCGUUCGUGGCGUCCCUGCUCAUCGCCGUGCUGCUCAUCAUCGACGGCAAGAAGCUCCGCGACAAGACGGCUCGGUUUCACGUGCUCUACGUGUGCAUCUUCGUAGCGCUUGUCGGCCUCAUUGGCGCAUACGCCGCUGGCAGCUGCAGGAAGACCGACACCACCGCCUACGUGGUCAGCCUGGUUGGCGCUGUUCUGGCAUACAUCCUGCUCCACGGCUUCUACACUUGGUAUUACUCCAAUUCAGCCCUACAAACUGAUGAAAAUCAGCAGACUGGUGACAGUGGUAGGGAGGCUCUGGACAAGGCUCGCUCUCUUGUUCUACUGCUCGCCACUCUUGCCGCCGCCAUCACCUACACAGCAGUGUUGGACCCGCCGGGUGGCGUUUGGCAGGACAACGGUGACGGGCACAUGGCUGGCGACCCCAUCCUCCUCGCGACAAACGCUAGGAGGUACAAGGCCUUCUACUACUGCAACUCGGUUGCGUUUGUGGCCUCAUUGGUGGCCAUCGUCUUGGUCCAGAUGGAGAAGCUAGUCAAGCACCAUGUGCUGGAGGCAGCCAUGAUACUCGACCUGUUUGGCCUCAUCGGUGCAUAUGCCGCUGGGAGCUGCCGAAACGUGAACACCUCCAUUUACGCCAUGGCUUUGGCAGGGGCUGUCUUGAUCUAUGUGGUGAUCCAUGUUGUCUUCUUCACGCUGGAUCACAGGGACCAGAACAACAACGCCCAAGAAGAUCAGUUGCUGGAGAAGAAGCGCAAACGGUUGCUCCUCUUCGCGAUCUUGACCGUGACCAUCACCUACCAAGCCGGCCUCACCCCUCCUGGUGGCUUCCUGCUCCAGGACGACAAGCUCGGCCACCAUGCCGGUGACCCGGUCCUCUUGUACAACUACCCACGCCGCUACCAUGCCUUCUUCUAUUGCAACUCGGUGAGCUUCAUGUUGUCCAUCGCCCUCAUCAUCCUCCUGGUGAACCCCAAUUUGUACAGGCCAGCAAUACGAAGCAAUGCGCUAUCUGUUUGUACGGCGGUGGGUUUGUUUUGUUUGAUGGGGGCGUACGCCGCCGGAAGCACGCAACACAUCAAGACAUCCAUCUACAUUUUCGUGUUGGUGGUCGUGGUCCUCCUCGUUGCAGCCGGACUGCUGCUAGUAUUUUUGUUGAGGGAACUGAAUAAAAAUGGCAAUUCAGCAGCUGCUACGCCAUCCAGACCCACUGGACAGGAGGACGGAGAAGAAGUAAACAGAAAUGACAUCUCAGUAGCUGCUCCGCGAUCCAGACUGACUGGACAGGAGGACAGAGAAGAAGAAAACAGAAAUGGCAUCCCGGCAGCUGCUGCGCCAUCCAUACCCAAUGAACAGGAGGAAGAAGAAAAAGCAAAGAAGGAAGAAAGGAAGAACCACGCGAGGCGCAAAUACCUGAUGCUGCUAGGUAUCUUGGUGGCGAGCGUAGCCUACCAGGCCGGCCUGGAACCACCCGGCGGAGCGUGGCAGAGCAGUGGGAACGGGUACGAGGCGGGUGAUCCGGUGAUGCAUAACAACAUGAGGCCCCGGUACCUUGUCUUCUUCUACAGCAACUCCAUUUCCUUUGUGGCUUCCAUCGUUGUCAUCAUCAUGUUGCUGCCGCAUUGGCUGCCAGACGAGAGGGAAGAAGAAUGGAAGACAUGGUCGCUGAAGGUGAUGAACCGGACGAUCAGACUGGAUCUGUUUGCUCUCCUGGUGGCCUAUGCAGCCGGCUCCAACAGGGGGUGGAAGACGUCUGUGGUUGUCGUUGCGCUCAUCAUUGCCGUGCUGGGCUACUUUGCAAUCCACAUGAAGCUUUCGACAUGGUCUGAAAGUCGCCAUGAGAGCCAGCAGAGCAGCAACGGAAAUAAUGCAGUGUGA